CAGCUUCUUGAAUGGGGGUAACCUGUUGUCGCAGAAUCGUGCCUGGGUGUAGUGGUGAGCGUGUGAGCGAUUUUAUUCGCGAGAACCAAACAAACCAACCAAACACACAACAAAACAAGCGCGCAUCCUUCCACACAAGGAAGGGUGGCCUUUUACAAGAUCAUGUUUUUUUUUUCGUUUCACUGUGCUUCUUCGUGCCGUUGGGGUGAUCGCUGAGGGUGAAAAGUUGUGUUGCAUGGUGUGCGCCACAAGAUGGUGCUAAAAAUAACAAAUCCCGCAACCCGUCAUCGUCCCAUUCCCAACCGAUCCCAAACGUGAUCCACCCUGGGAUCAACAACGGUUGGCUUUUUGGUGUCAUAACGCGGGGAAAACAAUUUACAAUGAAGGUGGCCACGCAAAUCACGGUGCACUAAUUGUAAUUUCGAUAAGCAGCGGGAAAUCCACUACACACCCCCUGCAUGGAUUUUCCUUUGGAGAGUGUUCAAUGUGUUACGGUUAAUGGGUCAAAUCCGCAGAGAAAGGUCGCGUCUUGUUUGCUCUCCUGUGACUAUCUGAGCUGGGGGUUGAUCUUAUUUUUUUUCGCAAAAAAAACACCACUGGUGAUGGUGGUGGUGGUGAGAUCUAUCUUUAUCCACGGAAAAUUUAACCACCGCUAAGAGUAGCGCCGUGGUCGUGUUUCGGGCCAAUGUUUUCAUGUUUUGUGUCGUCGCUAAGUCCGAUAGAGUGCGCGUCAUUCCGAGUUUUUGGGAUUAAUUUUAGCACUAUUGUUUUGCUGUGUACAGCUUGGUCAUCUGGAUCGUCUACUUCUUAUAGCAACUACUGUUACCACGAUUCCGGAUUUACAAAAUACCAAUACACUACCGUGUGAGCCAGCGGAAGAACGCCGUACAAGAUCGAAACACGAUCGUAUUGACGAUCAUCAGCGGGGCGCGUCCAAAGUAGAAGAAACAACAACAGAAUCUCACAGACACAGAUUGUAUUGAAAACGAAUGGACAAACCGUCGCGCCCGGUGCGAAAUCGUAAGCGCAGUAGACGAGCAUGGCCCCCGGGAGAUAGCCACCGACCGGUGAAGCGGCUGUUCACACCGGAAAUUAAGCGUAUGCUCAAGGAUUGGCUGGUAAGGCGCCGCGAAAACCCAUACCCAAACCGGGAGGAAAAGAAGCUGCUGGCCACCGAGACGGGUUUGACGUACACGCAAAUAUGCAACUGGUUCGCGAACUGGCGCCGAAAGCUGAAGAACUCCGGCAACGAUCCGAUCCGCAAGACGUGGGGUAAUCUGAUCAAGAACUACAACACCAACGCCCGUGGAAACGUGGAGCAGUUUAGCAUCUGCUCGAACGAUAGCAUUUGGGGUGAGAACGGGGGAGAAGACUCGCAAGGUUCGCGGACGUCUUCCUCGGGCGAACCGGCCUACCAUCAUCAUCUACAACAUCGGCCAAACCAUCGCCAUUACAGGUACGGCCAGCAGCAUCCUCCGAACGGCCAUACUGCUUUCGGUGGAAAGUAUGGCCAGAGGAGUGCUGGCGAACCGUACCAACCGUACAGAGAUGCGGAUGGUAGAGGGAACGAUAACAAUAACAGUGAAUCGUGCCCCAAUAAUAAUGUAGAGUGCAGGUUGUACUCCGAUUAUGUGCGAUUGACAGAGGAUUGUCCUAGCGGUGAAGACCUGCGAGAUAGCUAUCCACCGACGGCUUUCCGGAUUGAUCACUGCUAUACUCCACGAAACUACGAGACCGUCUUUGGUAUACCGGAAGAAACGAGAUGUUAUAAGGUCACACAAUUCGAUGGGAGCUACGAUCCAGCGAGUGGGGCAACACUGGAACCACUCAUCCUAACUGCCACACCCACUGCCCACUACGGACGUCCUUUCGCAGCGAAAGACGUUGCGAAUGGUGGGACACUGUACCUCACGCCAACGACUACCCUUUCGCCUGCCGCCACCCCGCCCAUCGCCAGCGGCGGUAGAUCAAGAUCGAGUAAGUACAAAAGCAGCAUCAUGGAGAAAUAUCUACGCGAUCUGGGCGAACUGGAACCGUCGGAUGAGGCAGCGAUGGAUGGAUCUGCCGCGCCCACCAUGAUGCCGGUGCUGAUGGCUACCCUACCCUUCCAGCAGAAACACUUUGGCCACGUGCGUAACCACGAACUGCAAGCGCAAACGACGAUGGGCUAUGACACGACCGUCAUACGGGGGCCACCGUCACUAUCGAAGUGGCUGGAAAGUGCUGCCAAGUUUACGCCGUCCAAACACAACUACAUCGAUUGGGAAUGUUCUGGAAAACAAUCGUCUACGAAGAAGCGGUGUGAUUCUGGAAGCAAUUAUUAUUGUGCCACUGCCGAUGCCGGUGACGAGGGAAGGCCAUUUGAUGGCGAGCCAGUACAACCCGUUGCUGGUUUACUCGAACACCAGAAGGAUGAACUGGACGCAGCGGAAGCCUUAACGAGGCUAGCCAACAAUUUUCGAACGAAAUUUUCCACCUAGCCAAAAACGUGCAAAAGAUUACUUUAUAUCAGCGCAUUCCUUAACUUAAUGCAGCAGCUGUAGCGAAUGAGAUGUGGUACGUGUUCGAACAAUAAAAGAUGCUGUAUAGUGCUGGCGAUCGCCAGCAGAACAUGCGA